AUGACAAAUUCACAACGAAAUACUUAUUGUGGUCCAAGCGUGCCAGUCUCAUCGGCUCAUCAAAACCCAACAAUAUCAAGGAAUAAGAAGAGUCAUAUGAAAUUCGGUCCUUAUAUUGUAGGUGCUACUUUGGGAGAAGGUGAGUUUGGUAAAGUUAAAAUGGGUUGGUCAACCACUUCAUCAUCAUCUGGGAAAAUAACUGAAGAUUCUAAACAAGUAGCAAUCAAGUUAAUUAGAAGAGAUUUUAUUAAGAAAGGAUCAGAAAAGGAAAUGAAAAUAUUCAGAGAAAUAAAUUCUCUGAAACAUUUAACUCACCCCAAUAUAGUCAGAUUGGAAGAAGUGUUACAGAAUUCUAAGUAUAUUGGAAUUGUCCUAGAAUAUGCAUCUGGUGGUGAAUUCUAUAAAUAUGUGCAAAGAAAACGGAGAUUGAAAGAGGCCACUGCAUGUCGAUUAUUUGCACAAUUGAUUAGUGGUGUUUCAUAUAUGCACUCAAAAGGUAUAGUUCAUAGGGAUUUGAAGUUGGAAAACCUGUUGUUGGAUAAGCAUGAAAAUUUGAUUAUUACUGAUUUUGGAUUUGUUAAUGAAUUUUAUGCUGAUAAUGAAUUGAUGAAGACGUCAUGUGGUUCGCCGUGUUAUGCAGCUCCCGAAUUAGUGAUCACAACAGAACCUUACAAGGCGAGGAAGGCAGAUAUUUGGUCUUGCGGUAUUAUUCUUUAUGGUAUGCUGGCGGGAUACUUACCAUGGGAUGAUGAUAAACAAAAUCCCAAUGGAGAAGAUAUCGUUCGAUUAUAUCAUUAUAUUACCAAGACUCCUUUAAAGUUUCCCGAAUACAUUACACCACUUCCUAGGGAUCUGUUGAGACAUAUUUUGGUGUCAAAUCCGGUGAGAAGAAUGAGUUCAAGACAUAUUAAGAAACAUGAAUGGUUAAGUCCGCACAGUCACUUCUUGUCUAUCACCUCAGAAGAAUGGGAUAAUAUAUAUGCGUCAAAAGAAAAGCAGAAGCUAGCUAGUACAGAGGAGGCGCAACAGCCUCAGCAUCAUAAUAUCUCUGCCAGAGCUUCUUACACACAAGGGACAUUGCCAUCAAGAAUGAUUUCCACCACAGAUCAAUUCACGAAACAAAUAGCUGUUACGUCAAGCAUACGAAGUGUGUCAAAUUCGGUUAAUGAAACCAAUCCAGAAAUACUGAAUUAUCUAGCUGGAACUAGGAGAAGAAGUACUAACAGAAGACAAAGUGAAUAUGAUAAUUCCGACAUUCAUCCUUAUAUAGCGGAAAUUCCCGAACCCGUGGUAUUACCUGAAGUACCUCCAAAAGAUAAUAUUAAGGUAUCAUCAAAACUGCAUAAUAACGGCAGAAGGGUACGCCCAGCUACGUAUAUGUCGACAAGUAGUAGACCAACAAUGUCUGAAUCAACUGACUUAACAAGUUCAACUGAUACCUCUUAUAAAACGGCACAAAUGUCCCGCUCAAGCAAUCAUACUUCUAACGAUAUGGAUUUUAAUCAACGUUAUAACUCAAUUUCAAUUGGAAAUUCAGCAAAUAUGAUUCCACCCAUAUCCCCUCAACAAGAAAUUCAAAGAGAUCCUAAUAAUAUAAGAGUAAAUCGAAAUAGACAUUCUGUCCAUCUUGAAAGCCAGACAAGAAGAACAUUGAAAAAAGACCAUAUUGAUUCAGAAGCCCCAAUACUGGAAAUUGAUGAAGAAACAAAGCGUCUUUCUGUGAAAGAGCCAGUUUCCACAUCUCAAUUAAAGAACAUGCGUACUAAUAUUGAGAAUGAAUUCACUUCUGCAAAGAAUUUCGAUAAAGAGACCAACAAAAAGAGAUUUAGCUUUCUUUCAUUUGUAUCACCUAAGGAUUCAGAUAGCAAUUCAAACUCUGAGCUCAACAACAUCUCUUCUAAUGCUAGAUCGGAUCGUUCACAUAUGCAUCCUAAGCCACCAAUGACCUAUGCAGAUAGUAAAUCUACUCGUCAUCCACCUGGGUCUAGGAAGACCAGUUCUCAAAAUCGUAAUGUCUCAUCCAAUCAAACCAGGAAACAACAACUUCGAUCAUCUAUCAUGGUGUCCGCAUUACCAAUGAGUGAUCUAGAGGCACAAUGGGAACAAGUUGAGAAAAACGGAAAGGAACAAUCUACGGCAAGAAGAGUAUUAGACUUCUUCAAACGUAGAAGCAUGAGAAUUUAA